UGGCCUCACUCUGUGUAUUCUCCACUCUCUUUCUCUUCGACCAUCGCCAACUCUGCAACUUCAGAAGAGACGAAGAUAGUAAUCAGAACAAAAAGGAGUAGUGAUGUUAUCUCUUACUCUUUCUCUCCCUCAGAUUUCCUCUUCUCUUCGCAGGGAUUCGUUUCCCUCUCGCUCUCCCUACUUGAUUUCAUCUCGUUCUCAGAGUAAUAAACUCUGCUCUCCCUUCAACACCAAUCUUCAAUCAAAUAACCUAAUUUUUCAUCCCCUCAGAUUCUCACCCAAACAUCAACAAUUGAAGAGGAACAAGCGUGGAUCUGGUGCCGUUUGUUAUGCUGCUCCUCUCGCCCCUCGAACCCUUCAAUGGGUCUGCGCCGUCGCCUCCGCGAUUCUGGUAGUUUCCAGGGGCACUGCAGUUCAAAAGUCAUUUCUUGUUCCUUUGUUUGCUCUACAAGCACCUUCAAGCAUUGUUUCAUGGAUCAAGAGUGAGUAUGGUAUAUGGACUGCAUUCUUGGCUCUUCUUGUUCGUCUCUUCUUCUCUAUCCCUGGUGAACUUGAACUUCCUUUCAUGGCAUUGCUACUUGUGAUUGUGGCUCCUUACCAAGUAAUGAACCUAAGAGGAACACAAGGAGGUGUAAUUGCUUCUUUACUGAUUGCGGCAUACUUGGCUUACCAGCAUUUCUCACGGGCAGGUAGCUUGCAAAUUGCGUUUGACCAAGGAUCAAUCAUUCCCACCUUAGCCGUCAUCUGCAUCACUGCUGUCCCAAGUUUGCUUUUAAUUGGAUUUUAAUCUGAUAUUGUGAUGUGAAAUGUGGUACCUUGUGUAGCAGGUAUGAAUAUAAUCUAACUCAUAUCAAGAGAGAGAGAGAAAACAUAAGGCCAUUUUCUGUAUCUUGGUUAGUUAAAUAUCGGUGUUGGCCUCAAAACUCUACGACAUCAUAAUGGUGGCUUUUUUUUCCAUUUGAAGUUAAUAUCUUUGCUUCUCAUCUA